AUCGAUUCAAAUUUGGAACAUAUCCUCCUUCUCGGGGCGGCACUAAUCGGGUCGGGUCUCGAAAUUUAAUCCGCCCAAUUCUUUUUUCUCUCUUAAUUAACUAGGGUUUUACACUUUUACCUGCCUCCCCAUACAUAAACCCUGCCUUACCCUCUUCUAGUCUCCUCUCCACAACCUUACACAGCACACUCUGGCGAUCCACAGAGAGAAGACAUUUACACAGUUCGUGGGCAGAGAUCUGCCGUCUGAGAACGAUGAACACCCCAAGGUCUGCCGUCUGCAAAUGAAGCGAAGCUUUAGGUUAUCAAUAACGUGCGCGCCAAAGUUUUGAGAAGAUGAUGAGAAUAAGAAGCAAUAAGUACGGGUUGUUGGUAUGUAGUGUGGUACUCGUUUUAGCAGUAAGCAUAAAUGGAAACAGUAUAACCUGCAAGAGCCGGAAAAGCCCUUGCUUUCUGAAGCACCUCUAUUGCCCCGUCGAAUGCCCUUCCACAACACCUUCUACCUCUGCAUCAAAAGUUUGUUACCUCGACUGCAAUUCUCCCCUCUGCCAACCUCAGUGUCGGAACAGGAAGCCGAAUUGCAAUAGCCCGGGAGCAGCAUGCUUGGACCCGCGAUUCAUCGGCGGGGAUGGAAUCGUCUUCUACUUCCACGGCAAGAGAAACCAACAUUUCACCUUGGUUUCCGACUAUAACCUCCAAAUCAACGCCCAUUUCAUCGGCCUAAGACCCGCCGGCCGGCCGCGAGACUACACGUGGAUUCAGGCCCUGGGAAUCCUCUUCAACGCCCACUCCUUCUCCGUCGAGGCCACAAAGGCCACAAAAUGGGACCCCCAAAUCGAUCACCUCGCCUUUUACCACAACGGCUUCCAACUACCCAUCCCCCAAGAUUACACGUCAUCAUGGGAAUCCUCGGACAGGAGCAUUAAGGUUGAAAGAACGUCGGCCGCGAACAGCGCCCUCAUCACGCUCAGCGAAACCGCGGAGAUUUCGGUCAACGUUGUACCCGUUACUAAGGAAGACGACAGAGUGCAUAACUACCAGAUUCCGUCCGACGAUUGCUUUGCUCAUUUGGAAGUUCAGUUUAGAUUCUUUGGCCUGUCGGAUAGGGUAGAAGGCGUGCUGGGGCGGACUUACCGGCCGGAUUUUGAAAACCCGGCGAAACCGGGCGUUGCAAUGCCCGUUGUGGGAGGGGAAGACAAGUACCGGACGGCGUCGCUUUUGUCGCCGGAGUGUAAACUCUGCAUUUUCUCGUCUCCGGCUGCCGGAGUUUUGAAUGAGUAUCCGGGUGUGAAAAACUACGGCGGCGCCUUGGAUUGCUCCGGGGGAUUAAACAGCGGCAAUGGCAUUGUUUGCAGGAAAUAAUAGUUAUUGUGGAUCAACAAAUUAUAAGUUCUGCGUUGCUUUUCAUUUUGAUUAAUAAGGCAAACUGCAAAGCCAGUGAUGGAUGAAUUGUGUAAUGUAACUUAUUACAUUCUAGUGUUUCACCGGUAAUUUCUUUAA